CUCUUUCUUACUCUCUGCCUGACGUACUCGCCCCAAAACAGAAUCCGCACGAGCUGCGAACGUUGUGCCCACGUCGACGGAGAAACCCGAGGACGUUGGUGUAUUCUUAGUUACGUCGCCGUCCGGCUGCACAUUCGGUUCAGCUUAUUUUUUACUCUAAAUUGUGCUCUAAGUACCUCAACUGAAUCUCUGUGGUAUAUUUCGUUGGUGAUCGCGAAUAAAUCUAAACUAUCAUUUUUUGAAUCUGCGUUGUUGCCUUGUCUUAAAACGCUCUUCAUCACCUUUCCUUUGUGUUUUAUCGCCAAGAUUAAAUAUAUGUGAAGGCGGGAUCUACCCAUUUCUUUACACGGUUUAGGAUUUGAAGUAUCGAAACCACGUGUUUUUAAUCGCGGGUUUCUGUUUGUAUCACGAUAUCAUAACAGAUAAGACAGAUGCUGUCUUAGAAAAUCGCGAAGGUAUUUCAAAAAGCAUACAAAAGUAGUAACUGUUUACGGAUUUGGGGAAUAAGUUAAUGCAUCUUACUGUGUAUCAUCGCAAACACAGAUUUCGUACUGUUGUGUUGAAUGAUUCACUAAAUCCUGCGAUUGUCAUGAAGGGAUUUGUUAUGGGAACAAUUUCAAGAAUAUUCGCAUUAAAUGCGUGAGAUGAUGCCAUUUAAUCCAUUGUUUUUACCGUGAAGAAUUCUUAUUGUUAAUUUACUUAUGAAUGGUGCAAAGUUAAAAAUGCAGCGCAGGUCAGAAGAACUUCAUCUAGCUGUGCAAGAGUACUUGGAUGUAGAUUGGACGUCCGUGAAAUAUUAUCUAAGGCGGCAAAUAUCAAAGUGUGUACAGGAAUGCAAGUCUCAAGCUACAAAUGCGAAAAGGAUUGCAAGAAGUAUUAAGAAGAACCAUUCAUCUCAAUCUCAUGAAGGUGUUGAUUUUAAUGGAGAGUAUGAAAGUGGAGAUGAUUCUGAUGACUGGGGUUCUGACUUUGAUAGUGACAGUGAAGAAGAAAGGAAAAGUGACCAGUUAUCAUUUGAGCUUAAUAAUAACACCAUUAUUGAUACUGUGUCAGGAGCUCUUGAAAGAAGUUCACUUUCCAAUGCUAUAGAAGAAAACAGUCUUUCACAUGCAAAAUCCAUUCCAAAACCGCCAGAUGUGCCUGUGAUUUCCAAAAUCAUUAAUAACUCUAAUACUAAUAUGAAGAGUUCAAAUCACAUUAAUAUUCCAAGGCAGCCUUUAAAAAGACCACCGAGUCAGCCUCCUCCUCCCCCUGUAUCUCAGGCAUCUAGUCAUGAAGAACAACAAGAAGACUAUGAAAUACCUAUUGUAAAUGCAGCUGUCAAAGAAAAUUCCUGUGAUCAAUCUCUGCUUAAUAUUCCAUUUGAAGAAACAUCAUCUAUUGAAACAUACGAAUUGAUUGAACCGCCUGAAGAAGAAUAUGAAGUUGUAGAUGCCCCACCUUCUCAAACUAUUUUGGAAAAGCCAAUAUUACCUCCAAGGCAUCCCACAUCUUCACUUAACACCUCACCUCCUCCUCUACCACAGAAGCCAAAAAAACUGAAAGAAUCCUUGUCUGUUCAGGAAAGAACAGAUGGCAUUCGAACGUUUAGUCGAUCUAAGAUCCCUGGGAAAGCUGAAGAAGAUUCCCAAACUGACAUUUUCCAGUCUUCUCCCACAUCUGGAUUUAUUAGUUCACUAAUAGGACGUAGAUCUUCGACUCCAACUUCUUCACCAAAAUCUCUUCAUAAAAGCAAAGACUAUAAUGACACAAAUUCAUCAAGUACUGCUUCAUCGUCCUUCUCCAAUGAAAACUUAUCAUCACAUUCAUUGUUUCUGAAUAAAGAUG